AAUUGCAAACGCCCUCCCAGCAAAAACAGAGCUGGCUGUAAUCUGUUCCCUCUCUCUGCUUCUUUCUGUGCUACUCAUUCCAGGGAAACAUCUCCUCACGGCAGCAAGUCUAAGAUCUGAGAGAUUACUGACUAGAAUCCCUGCUGAUGACAUGCAGUCUCAGAAAAGUGUGGAGGUGUAUGACCAUCUAAAUGGCUCGCGGAUCAUCUUCUCAGAUGAGGCUCUUCCCGUCAGUGGAUCAAGACAGCACUUCAUGACUCCGGAUAUGAGCCAGGAAGUAGUAGUAAUCUCUCCUGGACUUCCUACGCCUCCGUUAAGCCCGUUCCACCACAGUUCAGCCUCUUCGUCUUCACAUCAGGUCGCAGAGGUCAAUGGAGGUGGAUUCCCGUCACACAGUUUCGGAUCCUACUAUGGAACGACUCAAACAAAUGUUGGAUUAUCCAAUGGUGGAAUACAGAGUGGAGGUUCUGCCACACUGCCCAGGACUUCUGCUUCCCGAGAGGAGCGCUUAAUAAAGUUCUCUGGAAUCGGUCCUGUAGAUGAGACGGGCAUGCCAAUCGCAUCCCGAUCUAGCGUAAACAAGCCUAAGGACUGGUAUAAGAGCAUGUUCAAACAAAUCCACAAGAGACCAGAGGAGCCUGAGCUUGACUGGAGAGAAAGGAAGCUGUCAUCAUCAUCGCCUCCCCCAGAUUCUGCCCAGCAGGACGGGCGCUCAGACCCCUUCACUCUCACCCCUCAUGGAGCCCUGCCUGACUGGGCUGAUCUGGGCGAUACAGGGAAGCACCCAGAACCAAAGAGUAUUUUUGACUUUGAGCCUGGAAAGGGAGAAGCGGUAGAAGAUCGGAACAAGUCUCUGAGGUCUGCGUCACAGCUGCCUUUAUAUCACACCCCGGGUAAACCUCAACCCAGAUCUCCAUCUAUAGAGGCGACACUGGUGUCGGAGCUGAACCGCUUUGAGGCAGAGCUGGACUCAGACAUUCGUGGUCUGGAGAGGAAACUGUCACAGAAGCAGCAGCGGCGAGGCAGGGGUGAGGGAGCUAAAGCCAACACAGCAGCCACAAGAACAGAAGAGAACAGACAAGAAAACAGCUAUCCCAUAAUCCCCAGCUCAGCUGUAAAGCAGGGCACAACAGCAAGCUUCAUGCAUGCUGAUGGUUGCACAUCCUCAGACAUGGAUUUCCCACCUAAGAAAGAAGAGAGAAAGAUGAAAGCAGCCCGAGCCAAAUUUAGUUUCCAAGCACAGUCACCAAAGGAGCUGACCAUACAAAAAGGUGAUAUCGUGUACAUACACCGACAGGUGGAUGCCAACUGGUAUGAAGGAGAGCAUCAUGGGAGAGUGGGAAUCUUUCCCACCAGCUAUGUGGAGAUUAUUCCUCCAACGGAGAAGCCAACUCCAAUAAAGUCUCCUACCAUCCAGGUGUUGGAGUAUGGAGAGGCUGUUGCUCUGUUCAACUUCAAUGCCGACCUGCCUGUGGAACUGUCCUUCAGAAAGGGCGAGAUUAUCUCAAUCGUCAGGCGUGUUGAUGAUCACUGGCUGGAGGGUCGUAUCGCUGGCACCACCCGAAGUGGAAUCUUCCCCAUCAGCUACGUCCAGGUCAACAAAAUGCCCCGCACUAAAAGCAGUGAUGACUUUCCAUCUUCUCCAACUCCUACCCCAGAGCCCCUCAGUCCCGGCCGGCCACAGCACUCCCCCCUGUCUCCCCUGUCACGCUCCCCUGAACCCCAGCUUUCACCUCACAAACACUCCAGCCAAUCACGCUCCCCUCUGUCACACGCACAGCCCAUCUCCCCAAAACCAUCAAACCACUUUUUGUUCUCGCCUGGGCCCACUUCACCCAGCAACAACUGGACGGGAUUGCUGCACUCUCACAACCCACUGGAAAAGGACACCAGAUCACCUGUGUCACCCUCCAAUCAUGUGCUGACAUCUCCGCAGGGCCCGGGACUGCCAGCGAACACCGGCGCAAUGCCAGCGCACCCUCCGUACAUCACACAGGAUGGGACCAGAACACAAUCUCCACAGCCCAACGCACAGGUUAAGAUUCCCUCCACGUCACGGUCUCCUGUGAACAAGGGUUAUUCACGACAACUGUAUAAAGCGGUUUACAACUAUAACCCCCAGAAUAAAGACGAGCUGGAGUUGAGAGAAGGAGACCUGGUUCAGGUUAUAGAGAAGUGUGAUGACGGCUGGUUUGUAGAUUUGCUAUGAACACUACAUAUCCUGAGGAUCUGGAUCUAAGACAUGGUUAAAAAAAACAUCUUUUUUUUUUUUUUUUUACGAUCAUCACAGAUGUCAUUUACUUGCUGGCUUAGCUGCCCGCCACAUCAUAUUAUAACAGCCGCAGUCUUUGCAAUCAUUAUCAAGUGUCUGUAAACGCUUAAUGCAAUUGCCUCCAAAUGUUUAAAUUGGUUCACAUUUAUUGUGUAACAAACCCAGCAUGCAACAUUAUCUUAAGCUUUAUGACAGGGGAAGUGUUGAAGCAGUGCUGUUUCAAACUCUUUUGUAUGAAUAAGUCUCCUGCUCAGAGAAAAAUCAGUUGUGGGUUCCAUCCAAACUAGAUUAAACAUGGUUUCUGACUAUAUAAACUAUUUAAAUCCAUAUGGCCUAUCUAAAACCAUAUUCAAUUGAACAUACAUUAAUGCAAUUAAGGGCCAUUCACUCCAAUGACGAUAACUAUAAAGGCCCGUUCACACCAAGGACGAAAACUAUAAAGAUAAUGAUAAAGAUAGUUCUGUCCCUUUAAAUGCUCGAGCUCGUUACAGCAGGAUGGAUUCUGAUUGGGUGUCAAUGAUUUUUAUCAUUUAUCAGCUGGAUAAAAUCGUUCUGAAAGUGAUUCCAACGAUAUAGUUUCUCUGCUGUUAUCAUUAUAGGUUUGGUGUGAACUCUGCUAUUCUUUAACUGAGAAUGAUUUUUA